AUGAUAUUCUCGACCGUACUCGUCACCUUGACUGCUCUUGGAGCCGUAAGUGCUCAAUCCGGAUCUGGACAAACUACGCGUUAUUGGGAUUGCUGCAAAGAGAGUUGUGGAUGGUCGGGUAAAGCGAGUGUAUCGGCCCCUGUUCAAAGCUGCGGCAUCAAUAACAACCCUUUGUCUGACAACAAUGUUCAGUCGGGGUGCAAUGGAGGUGGUGCAUAUGCAUGCGCCAACCAUUCACCAUUUGCUGUCAACGAUAGUUUGGCGUACGGAUUUGCUGCAGUGAACAUCCAAGGUGGCACCGAGUCAUCUUGGUGUUGCCAGUGUUACGAAUUGACGUUUACGAGUGGGCCAGUCUCUGGCCAGAAAAUGAUAGUGCAAACUACCAACACAGGAGGAGACCUUGGAAAUAAUCAUUUUGAUUUGAUGAUCCCGGGAGGAGGGGUUGGAAUCUUCGGACAGGGAUGUGCUGCCCAGUACGGGGCUCCGUCUACCGGGUGGGGGGCUCAGUACGGCGGAGUAUCUAGCAUUGCGGAAUGCUCUCAACUUCCUUCUGCGCUACAAGCUGGGUGCCAAUGGCGUUUCAAUUGGUUUAAGGGAGCCGACAACCCAUCGGUUAGUGCCUUCGUUCACAACAACUGUCUAUAG